GACCUGUGUGGUUGAAUGUUAGGUCUCUGCCUUCUCCUUUGUACAUUCUCUAACUCCCAUCACAUAUUUAUCAGGUGCCCGGGAUCCAAUUUUCAAAAGGAGAAUAUAGCUAACCCAUCUCGUCAGUGGUCACACACGGUGCCUUUUUUUGAAACAGCAAGAGCAGCAAUGGUGAGGUGUGUAAGAUGUUGCUUAAACAAGUCUAUGAAGAUUGUCAACCUAAUAAUGCUCUUCUUUGGGAUUGUAUUGCUCAUUUACUCGCUUUGGAUGACCAAGGAGUGGCAUAUAUAUCUUACCCACCUUCUUCCUAAUUCAUCUCCUCCAAGACCAUGGUUUAUAUAUGCAAGUUUGGGUGUGGGAAUUGCAGUUUGCUUGAGCACUCUCUGUAGUUAUAUGACAGUUAUUUAUAUAGGCAGUUAUACUCUUUGUUCAUAUAUUUUCAUUCUCUGCUGCCCUCUUUUCCUUGAAGUAGCUGCUGUUGUCAUAAUUUUCUUCAAGAUGGAUAUCUCUGCGCAAAUUGCUGAGAGUAUAGAUAAGGAACAUAGCGAAGAGUUUGAGAGAUUUGUGAGCUUACAUCUCAAGAUAAGUCGAGUAAUUAUUCUGUUGAUUUUGGUAUUACAGAUAAAAGCUGUUGCUCUUGCUGUGAUGUUCUGGGGAAUAGGCACAGAGCCAAUGACAUGUGGCAAUCGGUCGUACGAAUAUCAUUUUACUCAAUCAUUUCUGGUGCCUAGAUUUCCUGAUCCUGAUAGUUCAGUGCAAGCUUGUACUUGUACAAGAUGUGAAAAUUUACAACAAGAGAAUCCACAACCAGGCAUUUUACCAAAGAUUGUUGGUAUAACAAGACACAUAUUUCAAAGAGAUCAGUUGCUUGUGUAAGUACACAAAAUUUUGAAGAAUGCUCUUAUGAUAAAAAAAAAAAAAAAAAAAAAAGGACAGAUCGGGCACAAAGCUCCCACUAUGUGGGGUUCGGAUAUAGGUCGAACCGUUAUGGAUCCAUUGUACGUAAUCUUAUCUUACAUUUCAAAAGAUGUUGUUUUUACAACUCAAAUCCAUAAUCUGAAUUUCAAGAUCCAGGACGAUAACUUCAAGAAUGCUUUAAUGAUAGAGUUGAAAAAUUAUUAAACAAAAUUUUUUCACAAAAUUUUAUUAUUUAUAUUAUUGCAGUUAAUUAGAGAUUGGGACAUGGUGCUCCCAAAUUUUUUCUUCUU